AUGGAAAAGGCUGUUCGAUACAACUAUCGCCCAUCCCAAAUAAGCGGCCGGGAGCAACAGGAUGAGUACAACAGCGGCCAUAACGAAGGCAAUAAUUCUGGAGCUAGAAUGACAGGAACUGUUCCCAGCCGAGAGGGUUUGAAGGUGAAGAUUCCCUUUGCUUUCAAAGACCAGCUUUGCGAUAAGCUCUGCAUCAGCUCCGAUCAGCGCUCUCUCUACAGAACCCCAACAUCUUCGCGAAACAGCUGCACAAAGAAGUUCCAUCUUCCCGGCGAGCCACGAAUUACCCUGGAAGACGCUUGCAUUGAAAAUUAUCUGGAAUCAGAGCUCGUAACAAGAGACCUGGACAAGCUGGCUCCGCACCUUUGGCUGGUCGCCAAACAAGACAGCUCUCAUGUCUCUUCUCUGACCCAUCAGAUUGUCAGAGGCCGCGAAAUCAUCGUCACAGAGAAGCCAGAACUGCAUCUUGUGUGGAUCUAUGAUCGAGUUUUUAUCAAACCUAUUCCCAAAUAUCUUUUGUCGCAUGCAUUCUGGGCGUUCUACCUUAUCAAUGCGAACUCACCAAUAUCCAAACCAUUAAGAGAAGAUAUUGCAAGAGCAGCUCUUGGCUUCUUGAGGUCGUACCUCCACCUUAUACGGCACAAGUCAGAUUUUACUCUUGCUAAAGACGAUAGGCUUCGCCUGCUACCAAAGAACAUCUCCUACUCCAAUUUCGUCAGCUUCAUUAUGGCUUUCGACACGGUGGAGGAUACCCGUGUCUCGCCACGCUACCAGUUUGGGGAAUUACGGUUGACGCGGUUAAAUUUCUGGUCGAAGAUAUUCCUUCAUCGUUUCACAUUCCAAAAAGUUCAUGGGCAAUACGGUGCUCAUUUUGCUCAAUUCUAUGGUCCAAUACUCUUCGUCUUCGGUUCGCUGACGCAAUUUGAACAGUUCUCAAUCACCUUUUCUCAGGCCUCGCGCGGGUUCUCCAUAUUCACCUUGAUCUUUGUAGCCCUUGUGGCGCUGUUUCUUAUCUCCAUACUGUGUAUCAUGUGUCUUCGCGAAACCGUCUUCGCCAUUAGAGAUCUCCACCACAGGAGAAUGUCUGGAUCUGCAGGGCAUGUCUUGAGACGAGGAUCCUCAGCUAAAUCGAUGGCGUGA